UAUUUUUCAUCUGUAUUAAUCUAAGUAAAUCAAAGAGUUUAUGUGAGAAAUGUCAGAGAAACAUAAAAUCACACACUCUUAAGACUGUCUUUGUCACUGUUAGGUAAAUCAAUAAACUGGCAAACAACGCCAUAGAAACGUCUUGACAUGCGUGGACUGGCCGCACCCUAAAUGAGGGGCAUCACAUGCACCUACCAUGAAAAGUGACAAAACCAUCCAACAAAACUCUCAUUUCAGACACUUCAGACAAGGACUGAGACCUAAUAGAAAGGGCAAAUCUACUGGGUUUGUAACAAAUAUCUAUAAAAGAUAUUUUUAUUUUUUUACAUUUGGCCAUCUCAAAGGACUCAACACUCAACCAUCUUAAAGGUAAGCACUUGUUCAGUGCUGACUUCCACUAGGAUCUAUAAGAGUGGCCCCUCUGUGCAAGCGCAAAGCAGAUAUGUCGAGAACAAGAAACAGUGAGGGGAACGUGCUAAAGCGUGUGGCAAAACUGCCUUUCGUCAGCUCAGCGCUGCAGCAGGCCUCUUCCGUCUACCUGGGUGUGAAAGGUCGUUAUCCGCUGCUCGGGUUUGUGGGAGGUGUAGCAGAGCUGGGUGUCCGCAGUGCAUCCACAGCAGCUCUGCAACAAGCAGCACCUCUGCUACAGAACCUAGAAACAGAAAUUGAGGCAGUGAACAGUUUUGCACUGGUGGGUUUGGAGCAACUUGAGAAGUUUUUCCCAAUCCUCCAACAGCCCACAGAUGAGGUGGUCGCUAAUCUGAAGGACGCUUUCUUCUCGAAGCUGGAUGGAGCGCAGUCUCGAGUAAAUGAUGAGCUGGACAGAGCCGUGAACAGAUGGGAUAAACUGAUAGCGCUCAGCUGGCGCCUCCUGGCGGAAGCUCAAGAAUCAGCACCAGGGCGGGUGAUCACCGCGGGCCUGGAUGAGCUCAUCACUCAAUCAGAGGCGGCAGUGGAGUACUAUCUACCUCUGCCACCCACGCUGCGUCGUGAGUGGGAGAGGGGAGUGCAGAGCUAUGAAGAUGAGGAUGAUGAUGAUGAAGAAGAAGAGCCUCGGAUGUGGACGCGUAUCCGUAGCCUGUUGUUGUGCCUGUACCUUCAGCUGUACCACAGACUGAUGAAGCUGAGAGAAAGAGUGGACAGCAUUUUGCAGAUGCUGGCAGCAGCUGCUGAAACGGUGGGUCUAAUGCAGUUGAUGCAGAUGGUGGAGUCCCUGCUGCAGCUGCUUCUGUCAUUUUACACGACUCAGGUGCAUCGUGUGGAGGAGCUGCGUUCUCUGCUUGUAGCUCAGCUCACAUCAGGUAUACAGGCACUGAAGGUUUUGCCCCCUGUACAACAGAUAAUGGCUCUACCUACCCAGGUACGCACUAUCAUGAAUGACCUACUGGAACUGGGACAGAUUCUCAUACAACUGCUCAUCAACACCACCCCACUCUAUGACCUGAUGAAACAGGUGUCUGAUCUCGACGCAGCAAACAACCCAACUCCAGAUGAACUUCCUGAGAGUCCCUCCAGCCGUGCCUCUGCAAACAGCCUCUUCCUCAAAGCCAUGGACGGUCGUCCACGUCGCCGCAGAAGCCUUUAUGCCCGUUCCCGUCGUGGGUCUGCUAGCGGGCUUCCAACCAGCCCAGCUCCUUCCCCGACUCCUACCCCAAUCCCAGCAAAUGGCAGUAAAGGCAGUUACUUGGGCCCUCCAGAACUUGGUACACUGGCUGUGCCCACUACCGAUAUGAUCCGCCGCCGUUCCUCGGCCACCGAGGUCCUGCUGGCUCCCAUUAUGCAGUUAGUAUCACAGAGCCAACGAGCGUUUGAGUUUCUGAGCUCUGGCCCUUCAUCUGAAGAUCAGGUCAUACCUGUGGUGGAAACCACAGAACAUUAGGCUCCACUUUUCUCAUAAAACCUAAAUGUAAUCACAGAUCAUUCGAACACAAAUCGCUGCAGCUCACAGGUUGUUAUGGAUAGAACAGCAAACAUACCUUCAAACAACAAUCCAAACAAUAACUCCUCUAGGCGGCCUACAAAAACUAAUCUUGUUGGUGGAGACAGUGCAGUUACAAGUUAACUUUUAAAUAAAAUCAUUAGCCUAGCAUUUAGUAUGUACGGUUUAAAAGCAAAAUAAAGCAUUGUUUUAGCUAUGCAUAUUACUUAGAAUUAAAUCAAAACAGUAUGGAAUUGCUCUCUGCAGUGCUGUUUGGGUACCUGAUUUUAGUAAGACAAAGAAACAACUCAUUAGACCAGUUGAAAUGGCAUAGCAUCUUUUUUCUAUAUAAUUGUUAGCACGUAACACAACAUUUUGUUUAGAGCAAAUAAAUGUAUUUUUAUUCCUUAGCUUUCAUAGUUCUUAUACACUCUAAGCAGCUUUUAAUCUAUAGACUGUUAUAGUGAAAUGACUGAUAGAUCAAUGCACUGGGUAAAACAGGAUGGCUCAAGGAUUCUAAUCAGUUGGAAAUUAACCGUUUGAAAAUCGAUUUGACACACAGCCCAAGGUCAUGUGUGUUCAAUUGAGAGGAAAGGAUAAAAAGACAUGGGUUGUUUUAUGUUGUAAAGAUGUGUUGUUACAGACAGAGGAACAAAGUGAACUGUGUUAUACAUAGACAGGUAUGAAAUGUCACUAAAUGGUGUUAAAUGACUUGGUGGACGUUUAUAACUAAAAUCCUAACAGCCUUUAGUGCUUUUUUCCAGUAACAAAUGUAAUAUUGACUUUAACUGUAAUAAAACAUUUUAUAAAAUGUAA